AUGUCUAUUCUUGUAUCUCCGCCCAUUGUCUCGGACAACAUAGAACAGCUCAAGGAACUCCCUAUCGAGAACCGGCUCUUCAUCAAUGGCGAGUUCGUGCCAUCUAAGAGCAGAAAGACAUUUUCUGUUGUAAAUCCCACAACCGAAGAAGUGAGUGCUCAAGUCUUUAAAGCCGGCCCAGAAGACGUCAGCGACGCUGUUGCCUCCUUGGCAGCGGCAUUUCCCCCCUGCUCUAAGCUUGGGGCAUUAGGAAGGGCCAAAUAUCUUUUCAAGCUUGCAGAUGCGUUGGAAAAGCACCUUCCUGAGCUGGGAUACCUGGAUGCCAUUACCAUGGCCAAGCCUGUAGACAAUGACUAUAAGUCUUGCCGAUCUAUCGAAAACCAAGGAGAUACAUCUAUCCACACACCUGGAUUCGUGAACCUCACAUUCCGCCAACCCUAUGACGUGUGCGCCGCCAUCACUCCCUGGAACGCCCCUGUCGUCAUGGUCACGCAGAAACUCGGCCCUGACCUCAUCACUGGAAACACUCUAGUUGUCAAGAUUUCCGAAAAGGCUCCGUUGAGCCCUCUCGUUCUUUCCAAAUGCUGCCAGGAGAUUAGACUGCCUAAGGGCGUUGUAAAUAUCCUGAAUGGAUUCGGGAGACCCUGCGCCGCCACAGGAAAGGCCAUCAAGAAGGCGGCGGCAGAGUCUAACCUUAAGAAUGUCACCGUUGAACUUGGUGGAAAGAGUCCCCUUAUUGUGUUUGAUGAUGCCGACCUUGAGAAAGCCGCUAGGGCUUCAGCGUUUUCUAUCCUCGUUGGCUCAGUUCAAGCAUGCAUCGCUAGCUCAAGAGUAUUUGUCCAGUCCACUAUUGUAGACGAAUUCAAAAAGGCUCUUAAGACAAACAUGGCUCAACUCAGGACAUGCGGAGACCCCCUCGCUGCUGGAACGCCGCGUGGCCCACAAGUUGACCACCUACAGUUCUGUCGAGUAAUGGGAUUUCUCAACGAGGCAAAGGAAUCAGGUCUCGAAAUGGUUAUGGGUGAUGACUGUCAGGGAGAAACAGGAUAUUUUAUUCAACCAACCAUUAUCAAAGAAGUUCCCGAAGACGGAAGGGAAGCGGUGCUGCAGAGUGCUAACAAUACCAGCUUUGGCUUGUAUGCGUCUGUAUUCACAAAGGAUGUUUCUCGCGCGUUGAGGGUGGCAAAGAAGGUCGAGGCAGGCAAUGUGGGGGUUAAUUGUACGAGUCCGACGCUGUCGUUGGCGUUGGACAUGCUGUUUGGUGGGUGGAAGCAGAGCGGAGAGGGCAAGGAACACUCCAAGUAUGGGACGGACAACUGGACGGAGCUCAAGUCUGUAUACAUUACUCUUUAG